CGAACAGUACCUGGGAAUUUUGGUGCAAUUUUUUGGGGUUUCAUGGAAAUGUUUAAUUUUGGAACUUCUAAAUCAUUAUCAGCUGGAAUGGCACCUGCUAACAAUUUACAGAAUGUGGUUUUACCAGUACCAUUUUCACCCAUCAUAACUAAGAUUUCAGAGUCACUGAAAUCACCCUUUUCAAUAUGUAAUUUGAAAUCACCUUGA